AGAGAGAGAGAGCGCGCAGGUACACACGCAAAAGAGCGAGAGCCUAUUAUUGCGUGAGGGCUUGCUCGUCCUGCAGAGAGCAGAUAGUGCGGCCAUCACACGUCGAAGAUGUACAGCCUCGCGCACUAGUAGCACUCUUUGCUGAAGUUUGCCCCGAUUAAUUGUGCCAGAAAUUGUGUCCAGUGGUUUGGUUUGCUGCGGCCAGACUCCCCGCAGCAAGUGGGAGGGGGAGCAACAGCAGGAACUCGGCCAGUGGGGGAUUUUUUUUUGUUUGGUUGGAGGAGUCCCCCUCCGUGGUUUUCCUAUUGUGGUGCUGCUGCCAAGAAGCAGAAACAGGGUGUUGGUGUUUGGUGAAAAUCACUUGCAAAUCGCUUGCGCUCCGAUGGCUCGAUCUAGUGUGCCAGGCUUUAUCGUUUUUCACUCCUGAAGUGUGUGUGUGAUUGUGUGUGUGUAGUAAAAUAUUACCCAACGACCAGAGUUCGUGUGUGCCCGUGUUCGACAGUGUGUCCAGCUUGGUAUAAUUUACCCUACACACUACCCACCUUCCACCAUGGCCGACACGGAGUUUGAGGAGCUCCGUCAAAAUCUGGACGCGUUGCCAACGUUCCGAAAGGCUCCCGCACCGUUCUACUCCUUGGUGGCAGAUUUAGAUCUGGACGAUACGCCCUCCUCCAAGAGCGACGCCUCGUCGGACCACGAAGAGGAUGGGCCACUGUCGGCGAGCGACACCGGCACGACGGUCGACUCAGUGCUGAAGGGAACGCCAAGCAAGACGCAGCAGCUCAUCCAGACGAUUAGCACGAUCAGCAGUGGCAGCAGCAGCACCGGCGAGGACGACGAGCUUGGCGAUGGGUUGCGGACGGUGGUAACGACGCACCGGAAGCCUUCGGACGGAUCCGAUGGUGACGAUGAGCUGCUGGUGGUGACGGCGACGGCGGCGCCUGGUUCUGGGCCGGAAAGCUUGCUGCAGCUGCAUCUUACGCCACACACGGUCGACGGGAAAGGUACGGCCGACGUAGACGCGCAUUCCCAGCAGCAUUCUUCGGCGGUGAACUUGGGACAGGUUGGGGCCGGCGGUGCUUCCGUGACGAGUGAUGCAACCACCACGACGAACAGCAGCAGUUCCCAGCUAGCAAGGACCAGCUCGCUGCCCUGGAUCCCGGGACAGGUCGAGCGGCGAAGGCGCAAGCUGCCGGAGAUUCCGAAAAAUCGUAAAUCUUCCGUGCUUCAGCUGCUCGCGGGCCAAACGUCACUGGCGGACGAGCUGAGUGCCAGCAGCCGAAGGGCACCGCACCACUACCCGGCAUCGCAUCACCACCAGCCCGGCACGACCUUCUUCAAGCAGAGCUCGCUGCUCGCGCUCAAAUGCAGCUACCUGCUGGACGAGGACUCCAGCCCGGACUCGGAACGGUUGCAGAGCCUGGGCGACGUGGACAGCGGGCACAGUACGGCCCACUCGCCGAACGACUACAAGAGCAUGUCCCCACCGCCAGUGCAGCCGGUGUCGCCGGUGACGUCCCCGUUUCCCCCGCCGUACGGUGGCGUCCCGUACAGCCAGCUGGAGAUGCUGGAGGCGACGCACCGUGCCCUGCACAAGUUCAUCCCGCGGCACCACGAUGAGAUCGAGAUCGAGAUCGGCGACCCGAUCUACGUGCAGAAGGAGGCGGAAGAUCUGUGGUGCGAGGGCGUCAAUCUGCGCACCGGGCGGCAGGGUAUAUUUCCUUCGGCGUACGCCGUCGAUCUGGAUUACAACGAUUUCGAUCCGACCUCGGUCGAGAUGAAGCGCGAACGGUACCUGCUCGGGUACCUGGGCUCGGUCGAAACGAUGGCCCACAAGGGUACGGGCGUCGUCUGCCAGGCGGUGCGGAAAAUUGUCGGCAAUGGGACGGAGUCGCCCAAGGCGCAGCCGUGCAUACUGGAGAUCUCAGACCAGGGCCUGAGGAUGGUGGACCGAUCGCGGAACAAAAAAUCCAAAGGCCCUUGCAUAGACUACUUCUACUCGCUGAAGAACGUCUCGUUCUGUGCGUUCCACCCGAGGGAUCAUCGCUACAUCGGCUUCAUCACGAAGCAUCCGACGGUGCAGCGGUUCGCGUGCCACGUGUUCCAGGGUACCGAGUCGACCCGCCCGGUUGCGGAGGCGGUCGGGCGAGCUUUUCAGAGAUUCUACCAGAAGUUCAUAGAGACGGCAUAUCCGAUAGAGGACAUCUACAUAGACUAAGCGAGCCAGCGAGAUUGCAACUAGAACUGGGCUUGCAUCCAAGGAGCCAAGGAGCAAACCUUCUUUCACUCUUGCACUCCCGAGGGGUUUCCUUUCCGUUAGACAUGCCAUUACAACCCGUCAAGUUUUUUUUUGUACAGUUUUAGUAGUAGUAGCAUCAGCCCUUCGACAUUGCUCAUAUGGGGCCUUCAGUUUAGCUAUGAAAGAAAUAAUGAAAACCAAUGCAAACCAAAGAAAAGUAUCUCAAUGUUAGAAAGCAGCCGAGAGACGAGAGUCUCUCAAUCCCUGCCUCCCGCCAGUGGGGAUGGUGUGCUUUGUUAGUUAGCAUUAUGUUGUUUAUGUUUUACCCUGUGUGUAGUGUUGGGAGUGCGUCUGUAGUGUGGGCAUGCUUUUCGAUCGCGCUUUUUUGCCGUUCCAAUGGCGCUACUUUCAAAUUGGCUGUUUUAGUGACCGAAAAGCAGUGUCGACCAGAGUGUAGACGUUUAAUCGCACGCUUUCCAUAACUCCCCUAUACUUCAUAUGUGGCUUUGUAGCAGAUUUGUAACAGUUUUUUUUCGGAAAGGCAUAGUUUGAGCAGACUUUUUCGCUUUUUCUACGGCAAAUUAUACGACGUAUGUAGGUAAAUGCACAACGGACGGAGGACGAGUAGGACACGGUGGCUCUUUCGGUUUUUGGCGGAGCUGCAGCUCAUGUUAACUUUCUAUCAAAACACAGCAUUAGGAACAUAAAUCCCAGGCAAGGUACUUGAACCUGGUAGAGCGGGCAAGAUGGUUACAACUUUUCCUUAACUCUAUACUGUUUCGAGUUUUUGAAAGCUAACACACACAACAGUUUAUCAUCAUCUUCUUCUUCUGCUCUUUGCUCUUUCAGCAUGUUUAGUUCUCUGUACAUACUGGUAGUUAAAAUGGAAGAAACUUGUCACCGCGAAAGAUAGAUAAUCGAAAAGCAAGACGAAAAAAAACAAACAUACAAAACCUGAAACUAAUGCAAGCGAUAUUAGUAACAAUAUACUUCAUUCAAUGCUGAUCUAAUACUACUACUCACAUACACGCUCGAGAAAAGGAUGGAACGCUGUUAAGAGAAGGAAAAAGCAAACUCUAUAUUUAUAGCACAGAAAGAGAGAGAGAGAGAGAGAGAGAGAGAGAGAGAGAGAGAGAGAGAGAGAAAGUUAAGAAAUGAAAAGAAAAUGAAAUAAUAAAUACAAAAAAAAUUGAAAAGGCUUAGGAAUGAUAGAAUACAAAGUAUAUGAAACGUGAAAAAUCUAAUGCUUCGUGUAAGAUAUAGUCGCUUUUCUUCCAUGCAAGACAAAACUAACGCAAACUCCUAUUUGCAGUGCCGCAGGGUAACAACACGUUUUAGAGCAGCGUUUAGAGGCAUAUUUGCAAAAUUCAAAACAAAUCAAAGAAAUCUCUUUCCCUAUGUUUUGUUUCUGAAAAACUACUCUAAAGAUCUCCCGGUGACACUAAACUUCCAAAAGUCCAACCCACACACAAACUAUACGCUAAGCAAACGUUACAAGCCGCCCCUUUCUAGGCAGUCGGCUGGUGUUGCGUGUGUUUUGAUUUUGAAAGUUUUUUCUCUCCCAACUCUUUACUUUACACUCUUUACACAGAACGAACGAACAAAGCAGCUAGCUAGAGUAGGGCAAGAGUUGUGCAAAGUCGCAGGAAAGCUUUAGCAGUGAUUCGCGCGUUUUGGGGCCGCAGGGAACGAAGGAACCAUGCAAAAUAAAACAUUUACUAUAGUUAAAUCGUACAUCCGCUUCUCACAGGCAUCACAGCUAACAAUACUCUACAACAAAAAGAAAACAUAAUGAAAAACAAAAACCAAAACAAAGGAACUAAGAAGUAGUAACACAUUAAGAGGUAAAGAGAAAGUGAACAAAACAAAACAAAAAAUACACAACAAAGGAACAAAAAACAUAAGAAACUAUAAUCGAUAACAAAAGAAUAACGUGUCGUUAUCGUUCUACUGUACUCAUUUCCGGAGCGACAAUGAACACUUAUAAACAUUGUACACAACAUAAACACAACACACACAAAAGGUAUAUAAAUUGCGAAGCAUUUACACAACUUAAACAGUACACACGGUGGCGCAUUCAUUACGCUAAAGCCAUGCCGGCUUAAGAUGAAGCGCCGGGAAAAAAAACAUGCAAUAAAAACUUGUUAAUCUUGUGACUCUCCUCCUAGCAAACACAAUCUGGAACAAUAACAUUAGAACGACGGAAGCACGGGAAGCAGCUACUAAAACUAACACUUUGAAACAAAGCACACACUGAUUAAUGGAUCUAUACAUAUACAUACAUACAUACAUACAUAUAGCAACGUAAGCCUGAAUUUGCAAGCGCCUGUGGUUGAAUAAUACGGUCUUUUUCGUGCAAAGCAUACCAGCAGCAGCUAAAGGAAAA